AUGAACACUGCCCAAUUGAAUUCCUCAAUGAUGGGCGAUGAAAUGAGUGAUCCAAGCUCACCUGAGAGUACUUUUGAUGCAGCUGAACUUCUUCAUGGAGCAGUUACUGAUGAAGUAACUGCUCAGCUUGCAGCUGCAGGAACUGUUGGAAUUGCUGCUGCAACAGCUAUAGCCUCUGGACGUAGAAAAGGUCAUCCCCACCAAUUCGAAACAAAUCCCUCGAGACGGAAGAGACUACAAACACGUCUUUUAAGAAAAUUACGGAGUACAAUAGAAGAGUAUACAACAAGAGUUGGACAGCAAGCUAUUGUUUUAUGUUGUACUCCUGGCAGACCAUCCAAUUCAAAUAGUUCCUUUAAAGUUUUCGGGUCCCAACCUUUAGAGAAUGUUUUGAGAAACUCAAAAUCAGUAAUCAUGAGUGAUUUAGAGGCAAUGUUGCAACAGGAAGCACCACAGACAGGAAUGGAUACAACGUCUCAGCUUCACGAGUUACCUCCUUUGGUUUUAGAUGGAAUUCCAACACAGCUUGAAAAAAUGACUCAGGCACAACUCCGAAAUUUUAUUCCUGAAAUGUUAAAAUACUCGACUGGAAGAAGUAAACCUGGCUGGGGUAAACCUGAAUUUAGACCAGUCUGGUGGCCAAUAGAUCUACCAUGGGCUAAUGUUAGAAGUGAUGCUAGAACAGAUGAGGAUAAACAACGGGUGUCCUGGACGGAAGCUUUACGAACCAUAGUUAAAAAUUGCUACAAACAUCAUGGAAGGGAUGAUCUUUUGAACAUUUUUAAUGACAAUCAUUCUGUUCAGCAAGCUGCAACAGUGAAUUAUGCUAGUACCAUGUAUCAGACAAUUAACAAUCCUGAUGGUACUGUCUCAAUCAUUCAUAUAGAAACCGGUCCCAAUGGUAAUCCUGUAGUCACCUUACCUGAUGGUACCCAAGCAACUGUUGUCCAUGCAGUUCAAGGUCACACACAGCAGGAAGCAACCCAAGCAGUCCAGACUCUGGCAGAUGUGGCGACAAAUCAACCAGAAGAUGGCACUGCUACUGUACAACAAGUUGGUAUAGAAAUGGCAGAAGGGCAACAGGUUUCAACGGUAGCAGGAGCCACUAUAAACCAGAAUGGGCAACUUAUUUUAACAGGAGAUGCAUCAGUGGGAGGUUUUGUUACAAUACCAGCUUCAGUUUAUCAAACUGUAACAACCAGUUUGGGUAACAUUCAAGGUGAUGGUCUUCAUCAAAAUAUUCAAGUAGCAAUGGCACCAACUAUAACAUUAAAGUCAGAAAUUCCUGAUCUUCCACCUGCUGUUGAAGACCAACAACAUCAACAACAACAAAUAGAUCAUUCCACAACCACAGUAUGA